AUGAUGAAUGAACAGAUGGCUAUGUUGGAACAUCGUCUAACAUCGAAACAAUUACCGUCGGCAUCUACUCUUCUUGAUCAUAAGUUAGAUAAUAUUGAUACAGUAUUUUUAAAAUCAAAAGCACUUAUGGAACAAAAUAAAACAACUAAUUUUUCAUCUCAUCAAUUUAAUAAAAUGAAUCAAUUGAAACAUGAUAUUAUUCAUCAAAGUGUUAUAACUGACCAUCAAAUGGUACAGAAGUUUAUUGAAAUUGUAUGUGAUGAGAAACAAAAGUAUUCUUUUAAUCAAAAAGGUGACGAAUCUCCAUCUCAGAUACAAGUCAUUGUGACUCAAGCUGUUGAGAAUCGUCGAUUACAUAUGAUUCAACAUGCCAGCUAUAUAACCCAAUACAAAUUCGCAACAUACUUCAAAAAUAAUUCAACAUACCAAAAACAACAAAUCAACCACAAACCAUGCUAA